AUGGCGCAUCCCGCCAUCAAAAUCGAUACGAGUGUCCAGGCGACUAAGCGUGCUCUACCGGAAGAUACCGAAGGUGGUUUCGAUGUGGUAUCCGGUUCCGAGUUAGAUGAUCCCGGUCUGGACACUGGUGAUAAUGAACUCGUUCCCCCAUUUCUGUGCCAGUCUGCCAUUGAGAUACACCAGAAAUUUGAGGAACUUGAAUGGCUACAACGGGCGCGCUUCGCCGAGGGGAUGCUGUCGAAUGACCCCGCCCACCGUUGGGCUUUGGAGGCGGAUCCUGAGGUCAGAGCUCGAAAUCGAUAUGUGAACGUGCAGGCAUGGGCAAACUCGCGCAUCCAUCUCAGGGUGCCGGAAGGCGAAUGCGAUUUCAUCAAUGCAUCGCCCAUCGUCCUUACUGAUUCAGUGUCUCAGGAGGAGAGGAGUUACAUUGCAACACAGGGACCGAAAGUAGGCCACUUUGCUCAUUUCUGGCACAUGGUUUUCCAUGAAAGCAAGGAUGUGGCUGUCAUCGUCAUGCUCACGCAGACGGUCGAGUCGGGCCGCGAGAAGUGUGCGCAAUACUUUCCCCUAGACCACGACCGGCCUUCCAUGAUUUUGCGGCACGACGAGGACGACCCUUUCGAACACAACGAGGAGUAUGAAGAAGCGAAUGACAACGUAAUGGGUGAAGUCACUCUAUUGGAAUCGAGCUUUGACCAAAACUCUCGCUCUGAGGUCCGCAAACUGCGACUCACAUUGGCCAACGAGUCAAAGAUCGUCUGGCAUUUCCUUUUUGCUGGCUGGGCGGAUUACUCUAAGCCAGAAGGCGAGGACCGCGAAGCGCUGCUUCACUUAAUUGAGCUCUCCGCGUCCAAAUGUUCAUCGGAUAACCCACGGAUCGUGCAUUGCAGCGCUGGUGUUGGUCGCACGGGCACUUUCAUCGCAUUAGACCAUCUUUUGCGGGAACUGGAAUCGGGGCAGCUGCUCAAGGUGACCGACUCGCAAACCGAUCCCGUUUUUGAAACGGUCAACCGAAUGCGAGAACAGCGGAUGAUGAUGGUAUAUAAUGAAAUGCAACUACAGUUCAUCUAUGAAGUGCUCCGCGAGCAGGUGGACCUUAAACUUGGGAAGAGGACGAGCAAUGCCGGGCGGAGAUUAGACGAGAGAUCUGCGAAGAUGGCCAAGUUAUCGAACAGCUCCGAGUAUCUACCUUCCCAUAAACCUGAGUUGGAGCCCGUCAAUGAUGGUCCCUCGCCAUGA